AUGGGGGCGGUCAUGGACUUAGCUGCAAAUGCCGGUGUCAACUUGCUCUGCUUGCAGGAGACCAAGCUCACGCAGGAGGGGUUGCAUGCGAUGCGCCAAGCCUUUCGGGCCAAAGGGUGGAAACUCUUACCUGGCCCCUUGGCUGUUGACUCGGCUGGCAAGGCUUCUGGUGGUGUUGCAGUCAUCACUGACUGGCCUGUGGAAGUUCUCGAGGUGCCGGUUGCUGCUGCUUUCCCCACUCGCGUCAUGGCUGUGAAGGCGCACCGCCCUGCUCAGCGGCCUCUCUUGGUCAUUAACGGCUACCUCCCUGCUGCUGAUGACCAGCUCAACCAGCACAUCGCCUCCACCGUGCUUCGCUGGGCCACAACCUCUGGCGAGGACUUCGUUUUCUUGGCGGAUUGGAACCGGACGCCCAACCAGCAGCCUCUGUGCGGUUUCUUGGCGGGUGGCCUUGUGUAUGCCAUGGACCCCGACCCGUUCCUGGAGGGCAAGGGCACGCACAGACUCGAAAACGGCGACUACACUGGCAGGCUCAUCGACUUCGGGCUCUCCUCGACGCGCUUGGCGGUGGACGGUCGAGCGCAGCAUCUCGGCCCGGCUGACCAUGACCUUGUUACCUACGAUGUGCACUUGCUCAGUGGCCGGCGUGGCUGGCGUUGGCAACCUCAGCUUCGGCUUGAUGAGGACAAAAAGAACGUUGACUGGCAGGCGCACUGGCACAGCUUGGACGCUUCCUUUAAGGUGGCCCUUGACGAGAACGACACAGAGACUGCGUGGCGCUUGCUUUCAGGCGCUGCUGAGGCAGCCUUGGCGCAGGACGGUGCGCGGCCCGCUAAGCCCCGCGGGGUCCCCGGCAAGCCGCUGCUCACUGAGGCCCACGCGGGUAAAACCCCUUCUGUGCAGACCCUGCGCGAAAGGAAGCUUCGCAGGGCUGCGCGGCGUGCAAAGGCAGUGUUGGAAGGCAGUGCUCCACCUGAUGGGAGCUCUAAACUCUUGAAGUACCUGCAGCACCUGGCGGACGUGUUCCCGGACCUGGGCCAGGUGGUACAACUUCGUGGCUCUGCGCUCCUUGCUUUCUUGCUUGAAAAGGCGGCGGAAGAGGAGGCAAGGGCAAACCGUGCGCGUCUUGAUAAGUGGGCUACGGAUGUUCAGACGGACCUCCCUAGGCUGGCAAGAUGGGUGAAGGCUUCUGCUGUUGAGAGGCCGACUGCUUUUGAGGACUUUGCGGAGGACCCGGACCCCCAGGCAAAGGCCGAAGCUGCGGCAGUGGUUUGGGGUGACAGGUGGAACAGGCUUCGGCGUCCUGAUGGUGCUGCUCUCCAUCGGCUUCUUGGCGAGCUCGACAUCACGGCUGCGCAGGCCCCUUCCCUUCGCUUGGAGGGCCACGCUUUGCUGCGGCGGGCGAAGGCCACUGCACGUAAGGCUCCUGGUUGCGAUGGCUGGGCGGGUCGGCACUGGCGCCUGCUCUCUGAAGACUUCUUCGACCUGCUGGCUGCUGUGUGGAACGCCGUGCUUGGGGGGGCUCCCAUCCCUCAGGCGUGGACUCAAGUGCGGAUUUGCCUCAUUCCGAAAGGCGAUGGUGGCUCUCGUCCUUUGGCCAUUGCCUCGCUCGCUUGGCGGCUGGGCGCGGCCUGUUUGGUGCAGCAGCUGGGUGAAUGGAUACGGCAAGUUUUCCCCAAGGAGCUCUAUGGCGGCUUGCCCGACCGGAGCGCCGACGAUGUGCAUGCAGAGCUCACGCAGGCGAUGUACGUGCAGCGUGGCGGUGGUCCUUUGGCGGGAUGCAAAGCGGACGUGAGAAGAUGCUUCGACAGCGCCUCUCCGGACCUGGCUCUUCAGUGCUUGCGCCAGAUGGGUGCGCCGGCGCCAUUGCUCGAUGUGAUGGGGAGGUUCUAUGACCAGCAGGAGCGCUGGAUCAUGGUGGACGGGGCCACGUGUCGGCGUCCUCUUCGCGCUUGCGGCUCCCUGCUACAAGGGUGCCCAGUUUCGCCACUCUGUCUCGGCGCCAUGAUGGUGGUCUGGGCGGCGACUGUGCAGAGGGCCAACACCGGCGUGCAGCUGGCCAUCUACAUCGACGACCGCACAAUGUGGGUUCGCAAACGUUGGGGAGCAGCACGUGCUGUUCGUGAUGCCAUGAUGGCGGGCGCCGUGGCCGACGAUGCGCUUGGCUUUACCCUCCACCCCGAGAAACUGGAAAGUUUUGCCACCACUCAGGCUGUGCGCGAAGACCUCCUGGGCCUUGCUGACAUCGUUGGCAUACCUCAGGUCACCUUCACAUUGCUUGGCAUCCCUUACAAUACCACCCGUGCCGCUCCGGUGGCUACUGCUGGCGUGGCGGCGACCUUGAUGGCGCGUUGCAAGCGCAUCCAGAAGUUUGGCGGCAGCCGCAGCCUCCGCUGCGUGCUCCUCAAGAAGCUGGUCAUCCCGCUCUUCAGGUGGGCGGCGCCUUGGCUCAGGUUCUCCAAGAAGCUUUUGGCUACAUGGACGGCGGCUAUCGAACGGGCGGCUUGGGGGGGGGGCAUCCCUCGUGGGCGCUCGCCGGCCCUCGCCUGGCUGACUGUGGUUGGUGUGGAUUUGCUCCCCGCGUACGUCUGUGCCGAGACGGCUGUGCUUCGUGAACAUCGGCGCCUUCACUUGCAACGUCACAGCUCGGAGGCCACCUUCACGGCAGAGGCUUUUAAGGCGGUGGACUGGAAGCGUGGCGACGAUGGCACUUGGACCACCCGCCAUGGGUGCUUUCGCGCAGGGGCCAUCAGUGCGGAGGGGCUGCGCAGACAACUUCGGCUGGCUUGGGCCCGCAAGCUCUUGCUCAAGGACAACAAGACCAAGCAAGAGGGUGGUUUCGUUGGCGACUUUGACCUCGCGCACCACUUGACAACGGGCCGACAUGUCGACGGCUACAAGGCUAGGGUCAUGGCGGGUGCGGCGGCGGACUCUCGCCACUUGGUGGAAAAGGGGGGCACGGCUGCGGACUUUGUCUGCGACUGCGGGAGACGGGGGCCUACGCGCUCCCACCUCACCUUCGAGUGCUCUUCGGCUCCUUGGACAUUGGAACUUCGCUCCGCUUUGGAGCGCCGGCUUCUGCUGCCUUUGGGGCCGUCUGCUCCUCGUUGGGAUAUGGCGGACUACGAGGCGGAUGUCGCCAAGUUGGUGCAGCACUUGGCUGGCUUGGACGCGACGCAGGUCCACUACGUGGCUACAGACGGUGGCUGUGCACUGGCUCGCGGGGCGGAGUUUUGGCAGCGCGCUGCUUGGGGCGUGGCUUUUGAAAAUGGUGAGUUCGGCGGCUUGGUCUUGGGGGCAGAGCAAACGGCGGCAGAAGGCGAACGGGUCGCUGUGUACCUGCUGGCCAUGGCUCUCCUGCAAUGUGGGCGCAGUAUUCGUUUGCUGGUGGACAAUCAAGCAGUUGCUGGGCGUCUUCGGCGCGGCCGCAAGGCGUGUGAGAACGGUGAUCCUUGGGCUCUUUGGCGCGUCAUUGCUGACGCCGUUCACCUGCUGGACGUAGCCUGGGUGCCUUCACACGGCAAGAAGCCUCUGUGGGGGCCGCCGCCAGAUUGGCUUGAUGGUGUGGCGUGCCGUGCGCUCAACGCACGAGCCGAUGCGGCGGCGACCCAGGCAUUGGAUGCUGUGAGAGCUGUGGUGGUGGCUUUAGUGCGUGCGGCAAAGGAAAGGCGGGCUUGGGCGGCUGCUGCCGUGGCCGCUCAGAUGAGGGCUACGCAGCCCUGGCACGUGAAGUUCGUGGAGAAGAUGCGGGUGCCUUACCUGACGAGGUUGUGGUGCAUCUUCGAACUUGCCGGAUAUCGCAGGGCCAAUCCGCAAGGCAAGCUGGUCUUCCAGCCCCUGCUUGUGGAACGCAACUUCCUGGUUUUUUGGUUCUGCACCUUCCUGUUCAGCUGCACCUUCCACGUCAUUAACACAGGUUUGAGGUUGAGGGGCGCGGUUGCUAUUCCCACGCUCUUGGCUUGCGGUGCCCUGCUGCCCGGCGUGCACACCAUUCGGAAGGGGUUCCAAGAGCAGCAGCGAAGCCUUCGGGAUAUGGCGAGCUUUGACCUAAGUCGGGUCUCCUGCUCGAGUGACGAUGAUCGGCAAUUCAUUCUCACGGCGGUGGCCGAGUGGUAUGGAAGCAUCGAUGCAUUUGCAGAAUAUGUCCGCGGGCCGCUUCGGGAUGAGCUAUUGCAGGUGUACGCAGAGACGCGGGCUCCCAUGUCUUACUGCCUGCUUGCAUAUACUCCGCCGGUCGCCAUCUACGCCGACGUGGUGGGGGCACUCUGGAAGGCAGGAGCGCCCAGCGAGGUGGCGUGCUUGAGUUGA